AUGACGCGCAAGACCACCGGGGCCAACGAGGCCUGGGAGGACUCCGCCUCUCGAGGCGAGAUGAACUGGCUCAAAGACACGGCCUUUGUUGCGGCCGACUGUUUCCUGCCUCCAAGCAACUACCAGCCCCACACCUGGGAGCGAAUUGCCGUCCCUCCUGCGACCUCGAGCCACGGAAGGGGACGCAUAUACAAGCGCGUCCCUGGCAGAAGUGUGGACGUCAAAUACAAUGUUGUCGCGGCCGAGCUCGACAGCCAAGGCUUCGACAUGAGAAAGCGUGUGAGGAUGACGAACCACAAGAGCGCCUGGGGCUUGCACAGCUUCGACCCCAGGUAUGAGACGGCAAUGAACGUUCAGGAUGAGAUUGAAAAGGCCAGAGACCAGGUGAAGAGUGCCUACAAGCAGAUUGCUCAGGACAACGACACCAUCCGCAAGAAUGCGCGCCCUGCGAAGCGGUCCACCUACGAUCCAUCCUCGUUGAUGUGCACGCCCCGAAAGCGACACAAUAGUCGCUGGCCUGUCACCCCUCCUACGUGGGAGGCCAUGAUCGCGGAGUGGCAACCACUCAUCGUCUUCGAGAUUGACAUUUCCGAAAUUGACGACCCUGCAUUCUGGGAGCAGGAGAAUGCAAUGGCCCUGCAACAGCACGAGCAGAACGUGCAACGACUCACUGGAAAGCGGUCCAAGAAACGUCGCAGCAUUGUGCAGCGUCCCUCGCUGAGCACCAUCUCGGAGGAGCGUAAGGAGCCCUCGGGAGUGCCAGCCAAGUAUCGCCCAAUGUACAGCGCACCUUCAAAGAGGUGGGCUGCUGCCGCAGAGAAGUAUUUCACCAUUACGGCCACGCCGACAGGAGUCACCGUCGACGACGCAGAGGGAGACGAAAGCUCCAGCGAGUCUUCAGAGAUUGAGAUCACCAACCACCGCGGCCAGUUCCGUGUCCCUUCGUCCCCUCUGUCCUCUCGAUCCGCCACCACCGCUGCUUCCAAUCGUGACACUCAAGGCCCUGUCGAGGUCACCAACGAGCGCGGCCGAUUCCGUGUCCCCUCGUCACCUUUGUCUUCCCGGUCCGCCUCCACCACUGCUUCCAAUCGCAAGCGCAGGGCCCAGAACGACGACAUCGACCAGCGAUGCCCGGUCCGCCGCCGAUCCUUGGCCCGCGAAUCCUCGCCCUCGCCGACCAGACCUACCACCGAUAGCACUGCUGUCGCUGUGUUUGACCAGCCCACGCCCAAAGUGCACACCGAGCCAGAGCACGAGACUAAGAGACGUGUCUCUCUCGACAACGCACGACGCAGUGACAGACCACUCCAGAUGACGGCCUUUAAGAAAGUCCGCACCUGGGCCGCCAGUACGUUCACCGGUCGUCGUCGCAGUUUUGCGGAGGUUAUGGAGGAGCAGGAGGAGCAGGACAAGCGACCCCGUACGAGACGCCGACAUACGCUCGACGUCGACGUGGGUAGAAACCCAGACAUAUUCGGACAGACAGCUGGCCGUGAGCAAGAGCUUCUUCCUCGCAGCGAUGCCCUACGUUCCACAGCCCCUCAGACUACACUCCCUGGUCCCAUCACACAGACAGAGACGCAGGCCGAGGAUGCACCAACAUCUCCGAUCGAGAAUGGAACCACCUCAAUCGGCUCCGGUGCCGCCAAGAACAUUGAUGACGGAAUGGGCAACCGUCUCAGUGGUACGGUCACCCUUGCAGCCCAAGAGGAUUCCCUCUCGGAGGUGGACACUGAGUUUUCCAUGGCACGGAAUGCGAGCCACCAAGAGACAGCAGCUCCGCUGGAGGACUCAGCAACCCCUCAUGUCAAGAAGACGGUCGGCAUAGACUGGAACGCCAUUACGAACGUCGAUGAUAAGAUUAGAGAUCUUCUCGAUCGUAAGGCCGACCUAGUGUUCAACAAGGAUAUACCUGUUGGCAAAGAUGAUGACGGAGACACUCUUUUGUCGGACGGAGAUGAGACGCAGCCCUUCGAGGAGAGUGUUCUCAACCGUAUCAUGAGUGUCCUCGAGUCUGAUGAAGACGAAGAUAUCACAAUGGGAGGCCCUGACUUCGACACUCUUGCGCCCAAACUGCACGUCGCCAACCCACCUGCAGCCGGUCCAUUCAUGGCUGACUCGCCUGUCGGCGAUUCACCUGCCGCCGAUUCACCAGUGCUUGACUCACCAUUAGCCGAUCUGCCCACAGCCAUGGAAAUGAGUGUUGACGAAGUAUCCAACACCGCCAUGGCUGAUGUGCAUGUUUCCGAAGAGCUCGCGGCCCUGCCACAGCCCGUUGAAGCCUCGGAACACGAUGUUGCUACCACCACUGUUGAGUCCGCCGCCAUGAUUGAUACACCCGUUCCCGAAGAGCUCGGGGCCACGUCGCAGCCUCUUGCAGUCUCGGAUGACGGUUCUCAUGCGGCCACCAUUAUCGAGCAUACGGCCAUAGGCGACACAUCCAUACCUGACGAGCCCCCGGCCAUUCCACAAUCCGCCGAGGCGCCAUAUCAGAACUUGGACGGAGCCACACCGGACGAGCCGAUGCCAAUUGCAUCUACUUCUGAUCAGCCCGUGACCACAUCCCAAUCUGAUGAAGCGGGAGAUCGCGCGUCCCAUGCAGGCGAAGCUGCUAUGCCCACGGCCCAGCCACAGACCGUCGAGGCACAGGAUGGUGACCCCAACGAUGACUCGCAGCUCGAGAUGCUACACAGCUUCGUUCGCCGUGCUCAAAUGAAGCCAAAGCGGAGGGAAUCCAUGACAUUGUUCACCGGCUCGCCAAAGGCUCACGUCGACCCGAGCAUAGCUCUCAAGAGCCCUCGGCAGCCGCUGGGACAGAAGGACGCCAACAUGAGUCCGAGCCCAGGCAAGAAGCGCAAGCUAAAGGAGGUCGAAGAAGCUCCCUUGGACAUGACGAAGACCAGCCGUCUCGUCAAGCCCGAUCUCGAAGAUACUAUGCCACAACCCUUGCGCAAGAGGCGCAGAAAGGGAUCAGAGAACGACUCUCCAGAUGAAAUUUUCAACCCAGACAUGGCCAUGUCACAGAGCCUCACACAGAGGGGAUCUUCCGGAGGCCCGCGCCGCUCCAAGCGGGUUGCUACUACCAAGCCCGCUGAGCCCGUCACACCAUCCCACAUUCCUGUCAGGCUUCCGGGUUCCUUCGAUGCGGACAUGCCCGCCAUCUCGACCGCCGGCCUCAUGCAGCGAAAGACGGAGAAGGACCUCGCCACGUUGACGCGUACUAACACUCGCCGAAACAAGGGGCCCGCUCUUCCGGUCCCUGCCCGUCUCGCUGGCCUCUCCCUGCCAGCAGACGCCGCCGCCGAUCCCUUCGUCUCCCCGGACAAGGCUGCUGGGCUCCGGGCCUCCCGGCGCGGGAAGUCUGUCCGCUGGGAUGAGACCUUGGCUAGAUUCCAAGGUGAUGACGGCGGCAACCCUCCUGCUGCUGUCGCUGCUACUACCGCUGGAACCGCUGCGACUGCGGUUCCGGCAGUCGUCGAGGAGGCCACUACUCCUGGCCCUGUACCGGUCACUGCCCCGGCCACUUCCUCUGUUCCUGCCUCUGCUCCGCCCGAGUCGGAGAAGAAGAAGGCGCUUCGACCGCGCCCCUCGAGGCUGCCGGCCGCCGUGACGAAGACGGCGACGACACCGAAGACGGCGAAGACGCCCAAGCCGAAGGCGGCCGCGACCCCUUCGCGGGUGACGCCCACACCCACGAGGAGGUCGGGCGCCUUGGGGGCGCGGCUGGGGACCCCGGCUGCCAAGCGAAGGGGGAGUGCGAGGACCUGA